CGGCGUUAAGCUGGUGGGCUGGCACGGGCUGGUUGGUCGGUUGGUUGAGGGUAGCCAUGGCUCGACUCGCUGCGCUACUGCUGUUACCGGUUCUUAUUGAAUCGGUAUUUUCCAUUUCUUUCUUUUUACCGGUCAACUCGAGAAAGUGUUUACGGGAGGAGAUCCACAAAGACGUCCUUGUCACGGGGGAGUAUGAAAUAAGCGAACAGGCGAAUACCAAAACUAAUCUGAAGAUCACAGAUUCCUCCAGUCAUACUCUUUACUCCAAGGAAGAUGCAACAAAAGGAAAGUUUGCAUUUACCACAGAGGACUAUGAUAUGUUUGAGGUGUGCUUUGAAAGCAAAUCGCCCUUGGGAACUGGAAGAGUGCCUGACCAGCUGGUCAACCUGGACAUGAAGCAUGGUGUGGAAGCCAAAAACUAUGAAGAGAUUGCCAAGGUGGAGAAGCUGAAGCCUCUUGAGGUUGAGCUGAGGCGGCUGGAGGACUUGUCUGAGUCCAUUGUCAAUGAUUUUGCUUACAUGAAGAAGAGAGAGGAGGAGAUGCGGGACACCAAUGAGUCCACCAACACGCGUGUGCUGUACUUCAGCAUAUUCUCCAUGUGCUGUCUCAUUGGGCUGGCCACAUGGCAGGUCUUCUAUUUGCGGCGCUUCUUCAAGGCAAAGAAGCUGAUUGAGUAGAGCAGCCCCUAGCUCCUUGCCUCAGGGGAAGCUACUUGCCGGUCAGCCUGCGCAUCCCAACAUCCACCCUCCUUGGACUAGCUUCAGCAAACAACAGCGAGUGGGGUUGAGGGGCUCAAAUUCUAGUUUUCGCGGCUGUGAGAAAGAGUUUCCAAGGUUAUCCUGAAAACAAAAAAAAACAAAAAACAAAAGAUUCCCUUGCUUAUUUAGGGGUUUGAAACAUGAAAAGCGCUGUAGGGAGAAAUGCACUGUGAGACAUGGGAGAGGCGGCUGUCGCUGCAUUUGUGAGCUACGUCUAUCCCCAUGGUCCUUCUCGUUUCUUUCUGCACUGUUUUGAAUGUUGCAGCUCACUGAAUAAGACCAUGUUCCUUCAAUCAGUUGAACAGUGAUGUUUGAGUUUGAAUGGACGUGCCAUGAGCGAAUGUCUUUUGCCCUUCUGUUGAUGUUCACAUUCUUUGCCAUGCCAAGCAGACUAGAUCCUGGGUGCCCUUUGAUCAAGUGAAGGCUAUGUGAAAAAGUGGUUCGUUGCCACUUUGAUGAGAAAAUUGGCAACCACUGAACUUCUGUGUUAUGUCACUUAAUUUGCAUACAUGUUUGGUAGCAAAAUUUAACGGUGUCUUUAGUUUGUUUUCAUAUUGUAAAUGCUACUUAGUUGCUUCUACAGGUAUAUUUUUUGGGAGGUUGUGAGUUGUCAGUGUGAUAUUCUCUUAUAAAUUAGGUCACUUCUAUUAGCUCUUGCACGUUCUAGUUUUGUUUCUGCGACAUUUGAACAUUAAGUUGUCACCAGUCAAAAGUGGCCAGAAACCAAAAAUCUUGUUCUUAGGAAGGAAUUUACUGCAUCAUAUGUAUAUGGCUAUGAGCAAUUUAACCACCUGAUUUCUAUGAUACAAUUCAUAUAUACUUGUGCAAGUUUUUUUCUUGUCAGACUGCAGGGGACAGAGGUUUAGAUGGGAAAUGUAAAGUAGGCUAUCCAAACUUUCAGUCAUGCCCCUCUUUUCUUUACACACUGGUAAAUGUAGUUAUUCUUUUCAAAACAUUACUUCCCAAUUACAGUACUUGCACAUCCAUCCAGCGUGUUUCGUUUCAUUAGAAAUAUUUGUGGGGGCUUGGGCUACAUGAGAAUGUGGGUGGUUGCAAAUAUUCAGAUUGUUUUUUUUGGACAGGGAUUAAUUGAAGCAUCUGUCAUGGGUACAUUUUUAACAAUGAACAUGCGCAUUGUGCGCACUCAAUGAUUUUUAUGUUAACUGAUAAAUUUUGUAAAUUUGUGUUGGGCUUUUAUUCAAUAAUAAAAUAUUGGAUGGAUUUACAUUA